AUGCUGCACCUCAAAGUCCAGUUCCUGGAUGAUUCCCAGAAGAUCUUUGUAGUUGAUCAAAAAUCCUGUGGGAAAGGGCUCUUCAGCCUCACCUGCAGCCACCUGAACCUCGUGGAGAAGGAGUAUUUUGGGCUGGAGUUUCACAGCCAGGCUGGGAACCAGGUCUGGUUGGAACCACUAAAACCCAUAACAAAGCAAGUGAAAAAUCCUAAGGAGGUUCUUUUCAAAUUUAUGGUGAAAUUUUUCCCAGUGGACCCCGGCCACCUGAGAGAAGAACUGACCAGGUACCUCUUCACCCUCCAGAUCAAGAAGGACCUGGCCCAGGGGCGGCUGCCCUGCAGCGACAAGAGCGCCGCGCUGCUCGUCUCCCACCUGCUGCAGUCCGAGCUGGGCGACUUCCACGAGGAGACAGACCAGCAGCACCUGGCCACACACAGGUACCUGCCCAACCAGGAGUACCUGGACAACAAGAUCAUGCACUACCACCGGAGACACAGAGGGAAGACGCCGGCCGAGUCGGACGCUCAGCUGCUGGACGUGGCCAGGAAGCUGGAGAUGUACGGGAUCCGCCCCCACCCCGCCAGCGACGGCGAGGGGACACAGAUCAACCUGGCCGUGACACACAUGGGGGUGCUGGUGCUGAGGGGCAAUACAAAGAUCAACACCUUCAACUGGUCCAAAAUUCGCAAACUGAGUUUCAAGAGGAAGCACUUUCUCAUCAAGCUCCAUGCGAACAUCUCUGCACUGUGCAAGGACACGCUGGAGUUCACCAUGGCCAGCCGGGACACCUGCAAGGCCUUCUGGAAGACGUGUGUGGAGUACCACGCCUUCUUCAGGCUCUCUGAGGAGCCCAAGUCAAAGCCCAAAGCCCUUCUGUGCAGCAAAGGUUCCAGCUUCCGCUACAGUGGCAGGACUCAGCGGCAGCUGCUGGAGCACGGGAGGAAGGCUAAGAUGAAGAGCCUGCCCUUUGAGAGGAAACACUACACAUCCCGCUAUGAUGAGAGGCAGUGCCGCUCCUCCCCGGACCUCCUGACGGAUGUAUCAAAGCAGGUGGAGGAGCUGCGCCUGGCCUACGGCAGCCGAGGCUCCUACCACGCCAACGGCGUGCACGGCUCCGAGCCCACCCUGGACAGCCGGCGCCGCAGCUCCACCAUGGAGGUGACCUUUGCUGCUGAGCUGGAGCGCUCCAAGCCCGAAGCAUCCCCCACCUUCCUGCCCCACUCCAAGAGCUCGUCUGCCUUCCCCCUGCUCUACGCCGAGCUGGAGAUGGAGCGGGCGUGGGAGCCCAUUGACCUCUUUGGAGCCAGAAAUCCCUUGACAUCCUUCCGACCCCACCACCAGUUCGCUGGGAACAGCAAGAGCACCUCUGUGGGCAACAUGCGGGAGGUGAGCGCCCGGCAGCUGGUGUACAUGGAUGUGCCCUGUCCCCUGCCUGUGGUGGCCCCGGCGCCCCCUGUGCUCUUCUAUCUGGACAGGGCCCUGCAGCCCCCAUGCCCUGCACUGGCCCCUGGUGAGGACACAGCAGGACCGGCCGGUGCAAGCGGCCCCACGGCAGCAAAACCCCCCCGGCAGAGCCCGAGCGGGGCCCAGGCUGGGCAGCUCCAUGAUGAGGCUGCAGGCACAGCCGUUGGCACGAGCAUGGCGGGGGACAGCAGGUCCCUGGCUCGCCCCUUCGCUUAUGGCCUUCAGGACCAGCCUCCCAAGCGCUCCUGGAGCCAGUCAGACAUGAAAACCAUCCGCUUCCCCUAUGGCUCGGAGUUCAGGCCCCUGGGGCCGUGCCCUGCUCUCAGCAGUCGCAAAGGGGGUGUUUUCUGGCACGUCCCAGCCCAGCAAGGGCUGGCUCCGGGGCUGCGGCGCUGCCCCGAACGCUACCUGGGCAGCAGCACCGAGUCCAGCGACUCGGACCCGGAGCUGCUGGGCGCCGAGCACUGCUCCCGGUACGGCCGCGUGCUGCGCUCGCCCAUGGCCCGCGUGCGGCUCUCCUCGGGCAGCCUCCAGCUGGAUGAGGAGGAUGAGGAGGUGUCCUUUGCCACCAGUGCUGCUGAGGAGAGGAUUUCCAGAGGGGCCUCCAAGUAUUUUACCUAGGUGCCUGACACCGGCCAGAGGAAGCGGAGGUGGCCGGUGCUGACCCAGGGUCAAAGAAUGGUGACACUCUGUGUGCAGGUCUGCUUACAGCUUAUGAAACAUUGAUGGGAUCAUUGUGUGAGUGCUCUUAGCUCUAGAGGAUGUGUUAAUGGACAUCAGGGUGUGUUCAGAAGCAUUCAGCCCCAGCACCACACUUUGAAGCUGGUUUGCCUCUGCCACACAUCUUCAGAGGGAGGUCUUGCUUC